AUGGCGGAUGUAUUCCAACCCCGCGUGUCCUUCGAUACAUUCGACAAACCGGCCGACUUCAUUGAAGAGACCUCAUUCACGCUUAUAGCCAAGCACAAGGACUACGAGUACACUAAACGCUCACGAACGUUUCUGUGCGGCUGCGAUGACAACGACUAUUCGGAUUAUGCGCUGCAAUGGCUAAUAGACGAGUUGGUGGACGACGGUGACGAGGUCGUGUGCUUGAGGGUGGUGGAAAAAGACGACACCAUAGCCAGCGACAGAAGCGUCGAAAAGGGUCGCUACCGUGCGGAGGCAGAGGCUUUGAUGAAGUCUGUGCAGGCGAAGAACCACGAGAACAAAGCUAUCAAUUUGGUUCUGGAGUUUGCGAUGGGCAAGGUGAAUACUGUUAUUGACGACAUGAUCAAUCUGUAUGAGCCAGCAAUUCUCGUAGUCGGCACCAGAGGCCGGAGUCUAGGUGGUUUCCAGGGUCUGCUCCCCGGAUCAGUGUCCAAGUACUGCCUUCAGCACUCACCUGUGCCCGUUAUUGUUGUGCGUCCUUCGUCGAAGCGUAACAAGGCACGGAAUAAACGUGCUCUAGACCCGAACAGACACUCCUACAAGGAUCUGUUGGAAAAGAGUGGCCACCUGAUCGACACCGAUGCUCGUAGCUUCAAUGUAGACGACUCACGGCAGGCGUCCGAAGACGAGGCCGCCGCUGUAGCCGCGGCGAUUGGAUAUAGACCGUUAGGAGGAAGUCCCUUGGUGCAAUCCCAGACAGUUCCUGUGAACUUGGACCGAACCAUCGCAGACCAAGACCUGAAGAGCCCCGGCGUUGUCAUGAAGAGCCCGGAGCUGCAAAAUCUCGAAAGUCCCGAGAUAUCAGAUUCGAGCAUUAGCGAUGAUGAAGAUGAUGGUGGCGUACCUACCGCUGCUCUAGGUCUAGGCGUAGAUGUUGAGAGAGAGGCUGGGGAAGCGCAGAGCGCGAGGUCUGCCGAAGAGGUUCAGAGGGCAGUGCCCGAGAUCAAAGAAACGGAGCUCAGCGAGGUGGACCCCAACUGGAACGAGGCAGUUGCCACAUAA